AUGGACAACGCAAAAUCCCCGGCGUCCGUCAACAGCAGCGCCAAUAGCCCCGUCUAUAGUUUUGUAGCGUCAUCCCGAAGCGUGAAACGUCCACGCCCGGUGAAGAGCUGUUUAGAGUGUCGGAAGAGGAAACUGAGAUGCGAUCGAGCUUCGCCGUGUUCUCAAUGUCACAAGACGCAGCGGGCAUGUCGUUAUGCUGCCGAAGGUGAUGCCGCGAGCUUGAGCGACGGUUCGGAUGCUGAAACACCCGAAAGGACGACCAAACGGAACCGUGCCGGGACAAGUCAGGAGUCUCGCCAACGCAAUUCGGACUACGCGGCUGUGAUUGAGGAUCAUGCACGUAGACUGGAGAGGCUAGAAGGCCACCUACUUUCGAGAACCUUGUCUACCGCAGGAUCUAGUAGUACUCCAACGCAACGUCCCGCCGCCUCUUCUCUCACCAUCCGAGGUUUGACGGUGAAAGGGAACAGUCUGCGAACGCGAUUUUUUGGCCAGAGUAGUACCCGCGUCCUUGUUAACCUCUUUGACGAAGCUAGAGAUUUUAUGUUUAGCAGGAACAAAACCAGUGAUAUAAGAGACUUAUUCUUGAAUCUCCAGAAAGUUUACAGGGCUCUUCAAGAUGAGCACCGCAAGGUCACGGCGCCAAUUACGGUAUACGUGGACUCAAUGACGCCAAUUCAGAAGCGAAUGGCCGAUGUCUUACCAAGCAGAGCGGUUUGUGAUAGUCUUGUCAGCGUCUACCUGAGUGGAUCUGAAAAUAUCUAUCGCGUGUUGCACUCUCCAUCAUUCAUGCACCAGUAUAAUCAAUAUUGGGAGGGCAUCACGCAAUGCGACGCAUUUCUACCCCAACUUCUCUCUAUAUUGUGUGUUGGAUACCGAUACUUGAAAGCCGGUAAAGGGCAAUUUCACGAUCGAGAAGGGAUUCACAUCCCAACAGCCAGUUCUCUCGUGAGAACCUGGCUAGAUAGCCUCCGAGGGAAACAGCUUGUCGAAUUCAGCACGCUCCAAGCUGAAAUUCUCCAAUUGAUGGCUCGGAGGAUGAUUAGCCCGCAAAAUCAGGAAUCCUGGACACAUCUUGGACUCAUUGUACGAAUGGCCAUGACGAUGGGCCUACACCGAGAUCCGUCCGAAUUUGCGCGAAAGAUACCGCCUUUCUGGGCUGAGCAGAGGAGAAGGUUGUGGUAUACGAUCCUGGAACUUGAUGUCCACAUGUCUAUGCAAUGCAACCUUCCCUGUUGCAUUCGAGAUGGCGAUUUUACCUGCCUGCCACCUAGGAACCUCAAUGACGAAGAUAUCCAUCCCAAUAUGGAACAGCUUCCUCCUUCCAAGCCAAUUGACCAACAUACUGAUUCGCGCGUUCAAGUUUUUGCUGCCAGCACUUUGUCUAUGCGCUUUAGGGUCGUCGACCUGAUCAAUCGCAUUGAAAGUCUGCAAGAUUAUCAACCUGUUUUGGAACUUGGCAGUGAAUUGGAACGGGUAUUUGAGGAUGUCCGUUAUAUUGUUCCGUUGUCACAUUCAAUGAGAGAGGAUAUAGAAGCUCGGCGGAAAUGGGUAAUACGAGUUGUUCUGGACAUGCAUUGCCGUCGGCCUCUCCUAGCAUUGUACCGACCCUUCGCAUUAAGCCAUUCAGAUGUUCCCCAGCAGAUAGUGACGGGAUAUCUGAGGUCUUCGGUGAUCCUUCUUUCCUAUCUGGAUGAGUUGGAUCCCUCCCUCCCCGACUACUCUCACGUUUGGCACAUGCAUCAGGUGGUGCUCAAGCGAGAGAUUCUCCAAGCUGCUUUCAGCGUCUGUUAUUAUAUGAAGCAAGCAGCCGACGGCACCGAUUUGCUGGUUUCGCCGAACUCGGAUGCAAAUAUCAAAUCAGAACCCCUCUUGGUCGGGGAUUCGUGUAUAGCUGCAUCUGAGAGUUCAGUUCUACUAUCUCUACCACGACUGAGGAGCUCGGUAAAGAAAGUAUUGGAUACUCUGCUCAAACGAAUAUGGGACAUUGGGACAGACUUGAGAGACUUGGUCUCACUCACCGUGGUGUUUUAUACAUCACAGGGCGGGACACCAGAGCAAAAACGGGACGCGAUCAAAGGCGGCCUACAGGCAAUUCUCGAAGCAAGUCUGCAAGCGAUACACGUAAACCAGGAUAAUAUGACAUCAAUACCGGUAAGGGGGGUUCUCGAGUAUUAUGCGUGUGGUGCAAUAUUGAUAGUUCUUCAAACAGGUUAUGCCGUCUUCUCCAGCAACAGGUUCAGGGUUUAUGAACCAUAUGCAGCCUUUUACGGCGCCGUCGGAUGCCCCUAA